CCUGCUUUGGAUGUUUUGACACAUUUUGAUUUAUUUCCAGGUCAAAAUGAAGACACCGAUCAUUGUUCUCGCUUUCCUUGCCAUGAUAUUGCUGAGUGUUGUCAGCAAUGCACAUCCAAUGUUUGGCAGAGGGAUGACUUCGUAUUACGGCGGAGGAGGAGGCGGAUCUCCGUAUUCAUAUGGUGGUGGUAGAUUCGGAGGCAGGUUUGGUGGAGGCGGAGGCGGUUAUAGCAGCGGUUACCAUCCGUAUUCAUAUGGUGGUGGUGGUGGUGGUGGAUUCGGAGGCAGGUUUGGUGGAUUCGCAGGCGGUUAUAGCAGCGGAUACGGCCAUCCGUAUUCAUAUGGUGGAGGUGGUGGAUUCGGAGGCAUGUCUGGUGGAUUCGGAGGCAUGUCUGGUGGAUUUGGAGGCAGUUAUAGCAGCGGUUACCAUCCGUAUUCAUAUGGUGGUGGUGGUGGAUUCGGAGGCAUGUUUGGUGGAGGCGGUUAUAGCAGCGGAUACGGUCAUCCGUAUUCAUAUGGUGGAGGUGGUGGAUUCGGAGGCAUGUCUGGUGGAGGCGGUUAUAGCAGCGGAUACGGCCAUCCGUAUUCAUAUGGUGGAUUCAGGGGCGGAUACGGAAGCUCAUAUGGUGGAUUUGGAGGUUCACACGGCGGAGGAUACGAUUAUUAAUACUCAGCCGUAUCUGAUACUAUGAAAUCUUUAAUUUCUGUUGGGGACUAAUGAUCGUCAAUUUCGUCAUUGUCUCGGUCCACUCCAUCAAAUGCUGACAAAUAUUCAAAUGUUUCAUUAAUUUCAUCUUCGUAAUAUAAAAUCCACGAAUUCACGUCCUAACGAAAUGAUAGUUUUUGCUGAAACCGCGAAGUUUUAUACCCAUAUACCAAUGUAAUGAAAUGAUUUCACAGUAUCUUUUAGACGAUUUCGGACAGUCGUGGCUGAAGCAAUACAAUGAGAAAUUGAAUUUAGCCUGAUGACUUUUUAACCCUUACCCUGCUUAAUUUCUAAAAUGGACUUGUCCAUCAUUCAAUAUGGGCAGUACCACUUAUUAUUCAACGGGAUGUUAACUGAAUAUUUACUGACUGAAUAGCGAACAGUGCAGACCAUGAUCAGCCUGCACGGAUGGAUGUGCAGGCUGAUCUUGGUCUGUACUGGUCACAAGGGCAGAAUCACUUGCCGCCAGCAGGCUAGAGCGAUUUGUUCACUGCUUUUAGGGAAGAACACUGAAGUCUUACUAAACUUUGUUUAAAAUUUAGUUAAAAAAAGCGGCCUUUGAAUUAUUGCAUAUCUAGACUUAAUGGGUAAAACAAUAUCGUAGAUAGGUUUUAACAUAUGUGUAUAUAUAUAAUGCCAAAUUUCAUUUCUUUUGUCAUCUAUCAAUGUCAGUUAUACAUUUUAUAAUAAAACCUGUGUAAAUAAAGAUAUUACAAUUUUUCCCUGGAACUUUGAAACAGUAGCUUCAAGAUAAUUAUUUAUUUAUCAAUUUAUGAUUGUUUUGAUAAAAUGAUGCCUAAGUUCAGCAAUUGUGUACUUUUACUUUUUAACUGCUAGAUCAGUUGCUAUGAAGAUUAUAUCAUUUUAUAAUACAAUGUACAAAAACUUAUAUUUCGUGUGUUUCGUCACAAAUUCUUUCGGGCAUUUAAAAAACUUUUGAUGUGUUAUUGUAUUGAUUCCGCCAAAAUAAAAUUCUCAAAAAAUAUCA